GCGAGGAGGACGAAGACGCGCCGGUCGCUGCCAAGGGCGCCGCGCGCCGGUCUGCGGCUGCCAAUGCGCGCGGGCGCAGGGGCGCCGCGACGGCGGCUGCGGCGGCUGCGGGCGGAGGCGCGCCGAACGGGAAGGCAAACGGGCAGGGGGGGCUGUUUAAUUUUGGGAACAGCCUCGCGGUGACCGGGAACAUUUUGACGGUCGCGGACGAUUUGCUGAAGAACGACGGGCAGAAGUUUUUGGAGAUGAUGGAGCAGCUUGCGGAGCGCCGGAUGCAGCGCGAGGAGGACGAAGAGGACGAGGACGAGGAGGACGAGGAGGAAGAAGAGGAGGUGCUGACGGAGGAGCAGAAGAUGGAGGAGGGCAAGAAGAUGUUCUCCAUCUUCGCGGCGCGCAUGUUCGAGCAGCGCGUGCUGCAGGCGUACCUCGAGAAGGUCGCGCAGGAGCGCCAGCUGCAGCUGCUCCGCGAGAUCGAGGACGAGGCCAAGGCGAACAAGGAGCGCGAGGCGCGCAAGGCCAAGGAGAACCAAAAGAAAAAGGACAAGAAGCGGUGA